AUGUCCAGCCUCUUCCUCCUCGACGGAGCCUCUCUGACAACCGCACAACUCCUCGCCCUCGCCGAGGGACCGAAGUCGCCGCGCCGGCAGACCAUCGGCCUCUCGGACGAGGCCUGGGCGCGCUGCAAGGAAAGCCGCGCCGUCGUCGACGCGCUCGUCGAGUCGAACGACGUCGCCUACGGCAUCAACACGGGCUUCGGCCUCUUCAGCAACGUCGUCGUCGAGCCGGCGAAGCUCAGCGAGCUCCAGGAGAACCUGAUCCGGAGCCACAGCGCGGGCGUCGGCGCGCCGCUGCCGCCGCGGCGCACGCGCAUGCUCCUGGCGCUGCGCAUCAACGUGCUCGCCAAGGGCCGGAGCGGCGUGUCCAUCGGCGUGCUCGAGGCCUACGUCGAGGCCUACAACGCCGACGCCAUCUCCGUCGUCCCGUCCCAGGGCACGGUCGGCGCGUCCGGCGACCUCGCGCCGCUGUCGCACCUCGCGCUGGGCCUCAUGGGCGAGGGCCAGUGCUGGGGCCCCGACGGGGCGAGCCAGGUCGACGCCGCCGAGCUGCUGGCGGCGCGACAUCUCAAGCCCCUCGCGCUGGGCCCGAAGGACGGCCUCGCGCUCAUCAACGGCACGCAGAUGAUGACCGCGCUGGGCGCGGAGGCCGUCUGCCGCGCCAAGUACGCGGCGCUGGCCGCCGACGUGGCCUGCGCGCUGACCGUGGAGGCGCUCAAGGGCACGCACCGCGCCUUCGACGCGCGCAUCCACGCCGCGCGGCCGCACGCGGGGCAGGGGGCGGUCGCGGCGCGGCUGCGGAAGCUGCUGCUGCCGCCGUCGGCGUUGUGGACGUCCCACGCCUACGCGGGCCGCGUCCAGGACCCCUACACGAUGCGCUGCGCGCCCCAGGUCCACGGCGUCGCCCACGACACCAUCGCCUUCGUCGAGGGGUUGCUCGACGUCGAGAUCAACAGCGCGACGGACAACCCCAUGAUCUUCGCGGGCGAUCGGCGAGGGACACCGAUCACCGCGCCGUUUUUUUUAGGCGAGUACCCCGCCAAGGCCUGCGACUACUUGGCCAUCGGCGUCGCCGAGCUCGCGAACAUCUCGGAACGCCGCACGGAGCGGCUCAUGAACCCGGACCUGUCGGAGCUGCCGGCGUUCCUCACGGCCGACGGCGGCUUCAACUCGGGCUUCAUGAUCGCGCACUGCACGGCGGCCGCGCUCGCGUCGGAGAACAAGGUGCUCUGCCACCCGGCGUCGGCCGACUCGCUGAGCACGUCCGCGGCCAAGGAGGACCACGUGUCCAUGGGCGGCUUCGCGGCGCGGAAGGCGCUCGACGUCGUCGCGAACGUCGAGCACGUCGUCGCCAUCGAGAUCCUCGCGGCCUGCCAGGCCAUCGAGUUCCACCGGCCCCUGCGCACGACGCCCGUGCUCGAGCGCGUCCACGCGCUCGUCCGCGGCGUCGCGGCCAAGUGGGACCGCGACCGCGCGAUGGCGCCGGACAUCGCCGCCGUCCGGGACCUCAUCCGCGACGGCGCGCUCCACGACGCCGUCGCGGCGGACCUCGCCUAG